AUGGUUACAUGGGAAUAUGUUACUCGACAAACAGUUAAUAACUACCGUCGUAGGGAAGGAUUAAAGCCUUUUCAUGUUAUUUCAAGACCGUUAAAAUCUGAAACUCAUAUAUCAGAUCGAUUAUGGCUCUGUGAUUGGUUGAAAGAUUGGACUGAAGAAGAUUUUCUUCAUCUGGCACCAUCAGAUGAAUUUUAUGUUUGGACAGUUCGCAAACCAAAUUAUCAAAAUGAUAGGAUUUGGGCAAAAAGUGUUGAAGAUAUUGAAGACGAUGAAAGGUAUCGCGAAAUGGUUAAAAACCAAGCGUGUAUCGGUAUUUUUAUCAUUUUCACCGCGAAAAAAAUGCAUUGGGUGAUUAAAGACAAAGGUGAAUCUUGGACCGGUCAAUAUUUUCGUGACAUUAUUUUAAUGCAACACGUAUUUCCAUUCCUCACCGACGAGGAAAACGUAAUUGAUCUGGAUAAUGUGAUAUUUGUUCACGAUAAAGCACCGUGUAUGCGAGCAAACAUGACUCAACAUCUGAUUAGAGAUAACAAAAUCGAGUUUUGGGGCAAUGAUAUUUGGCCUGGUAAUUCGCCCGAUCUCAAUGCGGCGGAACAUAUUGGAUCAAUAAUGAAAGAUGAAGUUGAACAAAAAAUGUUAUCGGAAACUGGACAUAAUCGAUAUAGUGAAGACACACUUAAAAAGCACAUUGCGGAUGUUUUGACGGGCAUGGAAGAAAAUACCGAAUUGUUUGAAGCUCUUUUAUGUUCGUAUCCAUCUCGACUUCGUGCAGUAAAGAGUGCUAAUGGUCGUCAUACUGAUUAUUGA